AAGCCGGAAGUGUCCCUCGGCGCCCCGGAUGCGACCUGGCGGCGGUGGUUGCCAGGGCGACGGGCGCUCGCAAGAGCUGCUGGUACUCGAGACUGGUGAAUUAGAACAGGUUUCCUUUGGUGGGCCUGGACGGCUGGGCUCGUCCUCUCGGAGUUCCCAGGAUGUUCUUUUACCUGAGCAAGAAAAUUGCCAUUCCCAAUAACGUGAAGCUGAAAUGUGUAUCUUGGAACAAGGACCAAGGAUUCAUAGCAUGUGGUGGUGAAGAUGGAUUACUGAAAGUUUUGAAAUUAGAGACGCAGACAGAUGAUGCAAAAUUGAGGGGUCUUGCAGCCCCUAGUAACCUUUCUAUGAAUCAGACUCUUGAAGGUCAUAGUGGUUCUGUUCAGGUUGUAACAUGGAAUGAACAGUAUCAGAAGUUGACUACCAGUGAUCAAAAUGGGCUUAUCAUUGUUUGGAUGUUAUAUAAAGGUUCUUGGUACGAAGAGAUGAUCAAUAACAGAAAUAAAUCAGUGGUUCGAAGUAUGAGCUGGAAUGCCGAUGGACAGAAGAUCUGCAUUGUAUACGAAGACGGGGCUGUGAUAGUUGGUUCAGUGGAUGGGAAUCGCAUUUGGGGAAAAGACUUGAAGGGUAUACAGUUAUGCCAUGUAGCAUGGUCUGCAGAUAGUAAAGUCCUACUUUUUGGAAUGGCAAAUGGAGAAAUACACAUUUAUGAUAAUCAGGGGAAUUUUAUAGUGAAAAUGAAACUGAAUUGCUUGGUGAAUGUCACCGGAGCGAUCAGUAUUGCUGGGAUCCACUGGUACCACGGCACGGAAGGCUACGUGGAGCCAGACUGCCCCUGCCUCGCAAUUUGUUUUGACAACGGGAGGUGCCAAAUCAUGAGACAUGAGAGUGACCAGAAUCCUGUUUUAAUUGACACUGGCAUGUAUGUGGUGAGUAUCCAGUGGAACCACAUCGGCAGCGUGUUGGCUGUGGCAGGCUCCCAGAAGGUGGUCACUCAGGAUAAGGAUGUAAACACUGUGCAGUUUUACACUCCAUUUGGUGAGCAUUUGGGUACCUUGAAAGUUCCUGGAAAGCAGAUGUCUGCACUAUCUUGGGAAGGAGGAGGACUGAAAAUUGCACUAGCUGUUGAUUCUUUUAUAUAUUUUGCAAACAUUCGACCUGAUUAUAAGUGGGGUUAUUGCUCAAAUACUGUCGUUUAUGCUUAUACCAGACCUGAUCGUCCAGAGUAUUGUGUUAUCUUUUGGGAUACGAAAAACAAUGAGAAAUAUGUUAAAUAUGUGAAGAGUCUCAUUUCUAUUACUACCUGUGGAGAUUUCUGCAUUUUGGCUACAAAAGCUGAUGAAAAUCAUCCUCAGUUUGUGCUUGUUCUUUGUAAUUCUAUUGGCACACCUUUGGAUCCCAAGUAUAUUGAUAUUGUACCGUUAUUCGUUGCAAUGACCAAAACGCAUGUGGUAGCGGCUUCAAAAGAAGCAUUUUAUACCUGGCAGUAUCGUGUGGCAAAGAAGCUCACAGCAUUGGAAAUUAAUCAGAUCACGCGGUCUCGGAAAGAAGGGAGAGAAAGAAUUUAUCAUGUUGAUGAUACUCCUUCUGGAUCAGUGGAUGGGGUGCUUGAUUAUAGUAAAGCCAUUCAAGGCACCCGGGAUCCGAUUUGUGCCAUAACUGCAUCUGAUAAGACAUUGAUUGUGGGUCGUGAAUCUGGCACCAUUCAGAGAUAUAGUCUUCCUAAUGUUGGUUUAAUUCAAAAAUAUUCCCUUAAUUGUCGAGCCUACCAGUUAUCCUUGAAUUGCAACUCUAGUCGUCUGGCUAUCAUAGACAUCUCAGGAGUUCUAACUUUCUUUGACUUGGAUGCUCGGGUAACAGACAGCACAGGACAGCAAGUCAUUGGCGAGUUGUUAAAAUUGGAGCGGAAAGAUGUCUGGGAUAUGAAGUGGGCCAAAGAUAAUCCAGAUUUGUUUGCAAUGAUGGAGAAGACAAGAAUGUAUGUUUUCAGAAACUUGGAUCCUGAGGAGCCCAUUCAGACUUCUGGAUAUAUUUGUAACUUUGAGGAUUUAGAAAUUAAAUCUGUUCUUUUGGAUGAAAUACUGAAGAAUCCUGAACAUCCAAACAAGGAUUAUAUAAUUAACUUUGAGAUUCGGUCCUUGCGAGAUAGUCGAGCAUUGAUUGAGAAGGUUGGCAUUGAAGAUGCAUCUCAAUUCAUAGAGGACAAUCCACACCCCCGACUUUGGCGCCUACUGGCUGAAGCAGCUCUUCAGAACCUGGAUUUGCACACUGCAGAGCAAGCAUUUGUACGCUGCAAAGAUUACCAAGGCAUUAAGUUUGUGAAGCGUCUGGGCCACCUGCAGAGUGAGUCCAUGAAGCAGGCCGAAGUUGCUGCGUACUUCGGCAGGUUUGAAGAGACCGAAAGAAUGUAUCUUGAUAUGGACAGAAGAGAUCUUGCUAUUGGCCUUCGGCUGAAAUUGGGAGAUUGGUUUAGAGUACUCCAGCUCCUGAAAACUGGAUCUGGUGAUGCAGAUGACAGUCUCCUAGAACAAGCCCACAAUGCCAUCGGAGACUACUUUGCUGAUCGACAAAAAUGGUUGAAUGCUGUACAAUAUUAUGUACAAGGCCGGAACCAGGAACGUCUAGCUGAAUGUUAUUAUAUGUUGGAAGAUUAUGAGGGAUUGGAGAAUCUUGCCAAUUCACUUCCAGAAAACCACAAGUUGCUUCCAGAAAUAGCACAGAUGUUUGUGAGGGUUGGAAUGUGUGAACAAGCAGUGACUGCAUUUUUGAAAUGUAAUCAGCCAAAGGCAGCAGUAGAUACCUGUGUCCAUCUCAACCAAUGGAACAAAGCUGUUGAAUUGGCUAAAAAUCAUAGUAUGAAAGAAAUUGGAUCUCUGUUAGCGAGGUAUGCAUCUCAUUUAUUGGAAAAGAAUAAAACUCUUGAUGCCAUAGAACUCUAUCGGAAAGCAAAUUACUUUUAUGAUGCUGCUAAACUGAUGUUUAAGAUUGCAGAUGAAGAGGCAAAGAAAAGAACCAAACCUUUACGUGUCAAGAAGUUGUAUGUCCUAUCAGCUUUACUCAUAGAGCAAUACCAUGAACAAAUGAAAAAUGCUCAAAGAGGAAAAGUUAAAGGAAAGAACUCAGAGGCCACUUCAGCUUUGGCUGGUUUGCUGGAAGAGGAAGUUCUGUCUACAACUAGUCGCUUCACAGAUAAUGCUUGGAGAGGGGCCGAGGCUUACCACUUCUUUAUACUUGCACAAAGGCAGCUCUAUGAGGGUUAUGUUGACACUGCACUGAAGACAGCUCUUCACCUGAGAGACUAUGAAGACAUUAUCCCUGCCGUUGAGAUCUACUCUCUGUUAGCUCUCUGUGCAUGUGCGAGUAGAGCUUUUGGUACUUGUUCAAAAGCUUUUAUUAAACUUGAAUCUUUAGAGACCCUCAGUGCAGAGCAAAAACAGCAAUAUGAAGAUCUUGCUUUAGAAAUCUUCACGAAACAUACUCCAAAAGAUAACAGAAAAUCUGAAUUGGACAGCCUUCUUGAAGGAGGGGAAGGGAAGCUGCCAACGUGUGUAGCCACGGGAAGCCCGAUCACUGAAUAUCAAUUCUGGAUGUGCGGCGUGUGUAAGCACUGUGUCCUGGCACAGGAAAUAAGUAACUACAACUUCUGUCCCCUGUGCCAUAGUUCAGUGGGGUAAAGAAACGGCAAAUCGCGUAGAACUGCAAAAUAUAUGUAGCAAAUACACAUAGCUAUGACCGUAUAUAUAAUAAGAUUAGAAGAUUUCAUA